AGGUACGGGCCUCAAGCGUCUCUGCAGGGCUUUGGACUUACAGCUUAAGUUUUGUUUUCAGGAUGUCUUUAAAUGGCAGUUUUUUGACUGAAGACCAGUUCACAUGCUCUAUAUGCCUGGAUGUGUUCACCAAUCCUUCAUCCAUACCAUGUGGCCACAGUUUCUGCAUGGCCUGCAUCACCACAUACUGGGAUGGAUCUCAGGUUUUCCAGUGUCCUUUAUGUAAGAAAACCUUUCAGAAGCGACCGGACCUCCAGAUCAACAGGACUCUGCGAGAGAUAACCGAUCAGUUCAAAUCUAUGAAAGGUGGAGGGCCAGUGAAGGACAAGAAGGGAAAAAUGAUGGGACACACAAAUCACAACUUCAUGGCAGAACUAAAAAAGAAGUUGCCAAAACCUCUGCCCAAGAACGUGGCAGCUCUGACCGGCACGGCUCAAUCCCAGGCGCAUUCUUUCCCAGGUCUGUCCACGUCAACUUUGUACCCGACUGCCACAAACACGAUGGCUCUAUCGGUACCGGACCACUACGGGUCUUCCAGUCUGAACCACAGCCCCGAGCAUCAUCAUCUUCAUCCUCACUUCCCUCAUAUGAUGCCCCACUCCAACAAUCGCAGGAGGUUCACUCUGAGCGGAGCGGCCAGUAGCCAGAAUGUCCCUCUGUGCGAAAUCCAUAACAGAGGAAUAUUGCUUUACUGUAAAUCUGACCAAAUGUGCAUCUGUCCUGAAUGUGCGAUCGAAGACCACAACGAUCAUGACACCAUCACUAUUGAGGCCGAGUGGAUGGAAACUAAGUUUCUGCUGAGGGACUCUGAGCAGGACGUCCGGGACAUGAUCAGCGAGAGGAGGAGGAAGAUCGAGGAGAUCAGACAGACUAUGACAGAACUAGAGAUGGCGGUGGAGCGGGAGACGUCGGGCACCGUGUGCCUCUUCUCGGCGCUGGCCUCCGCCAUCGAGCGGUCCCAGGCGGAGCUGAUAGAGGUGAUGGAUAACAGCCGCAGGUCGGCGGAGCACCAGGCUGACGCCAUGAUCCACCAGCUGGAGAGGGAGAUAGAGGAACUGGAGAGGAGAGAAGCUGCUCUCAGUGACCUGGCCACGUCAGAGGACCAUGUUCACUGCGUCAGGAGUUUUUCCAGCCUGUCCACACCUCCAGUCACCAAAGACUGGACCGGAGUGUCGCUGAAGAAAGACCUGGGGACGGCCGCCAUCUACAGAUCUUUGGCAGCUACGGUGGAAAAGUUCCAGCGAGAUCUGAGGAAUAUUCUAGAAAAUGGUUUUCCCUCUCCGCUAUUGGAGGCCAGUGUGGCACAAACAAAGCCCAGAGAAAAGAAGAUGCAGGAUUUUGCACUGAACGUCACUCUGGAUUCCAGCACCGCCCAUCCCAGACUGAUCCUGUCAGAAGAUUUGAAAAGUGUUUGGUGUGGAGAUCGAUACAACCACGUUCCAGAUAAUCCAGAGAGGUUCAACAGGGUGGUCUGUGUCCUGGGGAGAGAAGCAAUCUCCCAUGGGAAACAUUACUGGGAGGUGGAGGUGAACGGAAAAACGGACUGGGAUCUGGGCGUGGCCAGACAGUCCGUCAACAGGAAGGGGAAGAUCAAUUACACCCCAGACAACGGCUUCUGGUUCCUCAGCUUAAGAGACAAACACAAUUACGCCUUUCGCUCUGAGCCGUGCACAAACGUGGAGAUGAAACUUCGACCUCAUAAGAUUGGAAUAUUUGUGGACUAUGAGAAAGGAGAGGUAUCUUUUUACAACGUCGAUUCCAAAGUCCACAUUUACUCUUUCCACGACAUCUUCACUGAAAACCUCUUCCCCUUCUUCAGCCCCUGCACCAACAAAUCAGGAAAAAACGAAAUGCCCCUGAUCAUCAGUCCAGUAAACAUGGAGUAAAAGCUCCUCAGACACUUAAAAUGAGUUGCUUCUCUUUUGUUCAGCUUUUUCCAUCUUUAUGAGUAGAAAUAUAAUGUGAUAAUUUAAUACUGGAGAUCUGGAGCUGGAAUCCCAGGAUUGUUUUGUUUUCUUGUUGAUGCUUCAAAAAACAACCUGAAAUGUUCAAAAUGUGGAAAACAGCAAUAAUUUCUGACUGGAUUUGGUUUUCAGUUCUUGUACCACAUUUUAUCCCUUCUAUUUACUUAAUUCCUAAUUUACUUUAUUCAGGAAAUAUACCUUUAAAUGGGACAAACAAUGUGGUUUCUGAAUAAACUGUUGUAUAAUGAACAUUUUUCAUGAUAUCUAGUAAAGCAGUUUUUGUUUAAAUGCCAUUUUCUGCUACAUUAAAAGGAGAAUUUAGAUGUUUUUGAAGUGGGGUUCUGUUGAGAGGUUAUUAGCAGCUAACAGCUUACCUUCAGUCUCUAGUCAUACAGGAUGACAAGAGAUUAGAUGCUAAAGCUAACUGCUAGUCUGCCUUUAGACAAGAGUAAGACAAUAUCUACCAUCUUGAAAAUUUAUUAGUUUGCACACUUCCACUAAAGUGCUAGUAGCAGAGCUAAUUUUUUUGUUUAAAAGUUUUUGCUAACUUUGGAAAUGUUCAGUGCAUUUAGCUUCCCUUAAGUUAAUUUUUCCAGAUGAAUUUUAAAGCACUAAUUUACUUUGCUGUUUUGUAAACGUUCAGUUUAAUAAAAUUUAACAACUGU